UUUUUUAUUCUCUCCCCUUUUCCUUUGAUAAAAUGCCUACUAUUCGCACUCGAAACCAACGCUUGACAGAUGCAAUUGAGCAAAGAUUCUUGAGGGCUGUGGAGGAAGUAAGGCGGCACGUCGAGAAUGGAGACGACGCUGACUUAUUCCAACUGGAAACUUAUGCCAACGUCCUGUCUUUUAUGUACAGGAACAGAUAUCUGCGUCCUCGCUGUCGAAAACCAUAUUCGAUAGAAUUACGAGACAGAGUCCUCGAUGCAUACAACGCAGAGGACUAUUCUGGUAUCAUACGUUUGACGCCGGAACAAUUCCAAGAGCUGGCCGAGAUCCUUGGCAGGGAUCCUCUGUUUCGGCUCCGAAAAACCGGCGAUCCUUUAGCCAAUAUCAAGAUCCAGCUAAAGGUUACCCUAUUUCGCCUUGGAACAAAAGGGAUAUCGAUCAAGAAGGUUGCUUGGAUUUUUGGUUGCAGUGUCGGCACUGUUCACUCUUACACCUGGAGGUGUAUCAAAGCCAUUAAUAAUCUCGUAGAACAGUUCGUGGUGUGGCCUGACAGAGAGGAAAAACUUGAGAUUUUGAAAUGGUUUAAAGAAAACAAAGGCUUCCCACAUAUGCUUGUGCAAAAGUCAAGGUAGUGUUCUAGGGGGAUCUAAGGGUGCAAUAAAGGUAUCUUUAUUCAGG